AUGUCAACACUGCUUACCCAGUCAGAUCCCAACAGCAGCACCACAAUGGCUCCCACCUUCCUGCUGGCGGGCAUGCCAGGCCUAUCGGCUGCACCGUCCUGGUGGACAAUACCUCUCAUCGCUGUCUAUCUCCUCUCUGCUCUGGGCAAUGGCACUAUCCUUUGGAUCAUUGCCCUGGAGCCCACGCUACAUCGUCCAAUGCAUUUCUUCCUCUUCCUGCUCAGUAUAUCUGAUGUUGGUUUGACCACGGCCCUAAUGCCCACCUUGCUGGGCCUGGCGCUUGCUAACGUUCACGCUAUUCCUGCCUCAGCCUGCCUUUUACAGAUGUUCUUUGUCCAUGUCUUUUCUGUCAUGGAGUCCUCUGUCUUGCUGGCCAUGGCCUUUGAUCGGGCACUGGCCAUCUGCCGCCCACUCCGCUACCCAGCCAUCCUCACCAAUGGUGUCGUCAGCAGGAUCAGUUUGGCCAUUGCUUUCCGGUGCCUGGGUGUCCACCUGCCCUUGCCCUUUCUCCUGGCCCACAUGCCAUACUGCCACCCACAGAUCCUGACUCAUUCUUAUUGCCUGCAUCCAGAUAUGGCCCGUCUGGCUUGCCCAGGAGCUUGGAGUACAUUCUACAGUCUCAUAGUGGUCCUGUCAGCUAUGGCUUUAGACCCCCUGCUUAUUUUCUUCUCCUACAGCCUGAUCGGAAGGGUGCUGCGCAGUGUGGCGUCCAGUGAGGACCGCUGGAAGGCUGCCCAGACCUGUGCCGCUCACCUCUCUGCUGUGUUCUUCUUCUACGUCCCUAUGAUUCUCUUGGCCUUGGUAAACUGGCUCAAGCUGCCGCUCCCUCAGCCUGCACACACUCUUCUCUCCUAUGUCCACUUCCUGCUCCCCUCCCUGAUAAACCCAAUCCUCUAUAGUGUCAAGGUGAAGGAGAUUAGAGAGAAAAUACUCAAGCGGCUACAGCGCAGGAGGGUGAGGUGUGCUCAGUGA